ACCGAAUAUUUCCAGUAGUCUCUAUAAAAAUGGCUGUUUUGGUAGAGUGAUUACAGUGACAGUCGUUCCCAAGCUGGAAAAAUUAACAAUGAUCGUCUUUAAACCAUCGGUGACUAUCUAGAACUGAAAUCAAGGUAUUAGGAAUCAGAAUUCGAUCUUCACCUACAGUUCGGAAGCCAUGACAGGUCUACAUCGUUCUUCAAGCGCUUCCUUGAAAAACGUUCUCCCACCUCAGGAGCUCCUCGACGACCUUUGUAGUCGAUUUAUCUUAAAUGUUCCGAAAGAAGACCUAGAGUCAUUUGAGAGGAUUUUAUUUCUCAUUGAGCAUGCCCAUUGGUUCUAUGAGGACAAUUCGGUGGAGCAAAACCCAUCCUUGAAGUCACUUACUCUGAAAGAAUUUGCUUCCUUGAUGUUUAAUAGUUGUGCUGCUUUGAGACCUUAUAUUGCGCAUAUAGAUGAUAUAUACAAAGACUUCACUUCUUACAAGGUCCGAGUUCCGGUGACUGGAGCCAUCAUUUUGGAUGAAUUUUAUGAACGGUGUUUGCUGGUGAAGGGAUGGAAAGCUGGAUCAAGCUGGAGCUUUCCCCGUGGGAAGAAGAACAAAGAUGAAGAAGACCACACAUGUGCCAUCCGAGAAGUCCUAGAGGAAACAGGUUUUGAUGUCUCAAAACUUUUGAAAAUAGAUGACUAUCUAGAAGUUACAAUAGGACAGCAAAGGGUGCGGCUCUACAUAAUUGUUGGCGUGAAGGAUGAUACUGUCUUUGCUCCAAUGACUAAGAAGGAGAUCAGUGAAAUCUCAUGGCAUCGGAUUGAUGAACUUCAUCCAGCAGGCAACGAUGUAAUAUCUCGUGGAACAAAUGGCCUGAAGCUUUACAUGGUUGCUCCAUUCUUGGCCAAUCUUAAAGCAUGGAUUGCGAAGAAUCAGCCCCUCACAGCUCAGAAAUAUGAUACACCUUGCAAAGGAACGUGCGUGUGGAAAGCAAAGAACAGUUCCACAGGGGGAACAACAGUGGGAGCAACAACAGAGACGAGUCAGUCUACCAGACCUGGAUCUGAAAUUCUUCUCUCUGAUUUUGGUCCUGGAAAAAGCUUCAGAGGCUUCAGGUUCAAUUACGCGUCAAUCUUAAAAGCAAUGGAAGCUGCGUUUGCUCUUUGACUAGAAUAUAACGUUCUGAUUUAGCCCUAUGUGUAAAGAAACCGUGGGUUUACGUCGUAGCUUGGUUAGUGUCAGCCGUGCUGCUGCAAGUACAUACUAACACCAUGGAUGGUAGGCUUAGGGGCACCAGUAGGAACAGCACGAGCUGUAUAUUGUGUCGCAAGAGUUGGAAGAGUAUGCACAUUUUGUACAGAAGAGUUUUCUUGUAAUAAGUAGUUUCUCGUUAGUUAGGGGUGGGUGGAGCAUUGGAUAUA